CUCUUUCGUUUUAGAAUGGCCAGAGUUUCUUGGUGUUGGAUGAACAAAGAUUUGCAAAGGAGAUUCUUCCCAAGUACUUCAAGCACAACAACAUGGCAAGCUUUGUCAGGCAGUUGAACAUGUAUGGCUUCCGGAAAGUUGUCCAUGUUGAUUCUGGGAUUGUUAAGCAGGAGCGUGAUGGUCCCGUAGAGUUUCAGCACCCCUAUUUUAUGCAGGGCCGGGAGGACUUGCUGGAACACAUUAAAAGGAAGGUUUCUUCUUCGAGACCUGAGGAGAACAAGAUUCGUCAGGAAGAUCUCUCCAAAAUCAUAAGCAGUGCUCAGAAAGUUCAAAUUAAACAAGAGUCCAUUGAGUCUCGAUUGUCUGCUUUAAAGAGGGAGAAUGAAUCUCUUUGGAGGGAAGUGGCAGAGCUGAGAGCAAAACACUUGCAACAGCAGCAAGUUAUCCGGAAGAUUGUGCAAUUUAUUGUUACCUUGGUGCAGAAUAACCAACUAGUGAGCCUAAAGCGUAAGAGGCCCCUUCUUCUGAACACUAACGGGCCUACAAAGUCAAAUGUAUUUCAACAAAUUGUCAAAGAAACAGCUGACAGUAACCAUCAUGUACCUAUCAACAGACCUGAGAGCUUAAAACAAAGGGAGCAGAUAUCAGAUGAUAUCAUUAUUUAUGAUGUCACCGAGGACAUGGGUGACGAAGAAAAUCCUAUGGUUGAUGAAGAAAAUCCUCCCGUUACGCCAGAAACCAAUGAAGAUACCACUUCAGAUUCUUCCAACUGCAGCCAUUCUCCCGAUAUUGUGAUUGUGGAAGAUGAUACCGAGGAGGAAUAUGCCCCAGUGAUUCAGGGGGACAAAGGCACAGAACCAGUCGCUCUCCCAGCUAAUGAUCCCCUCAGCCCCGUGGGGGACAGUACAAGUCCUCUCAUGUCAAGUGCUGUGCAGCUGAAUAACCCAUCGGCUUUGACUGCUGAAGAUCCCGUCUCCAUGAUGGAUUCCAUCCUCAACGAGAAUGGCGUCAUUUCACAGAACAUAAAUCUCCUUGGGAAAGUUGAACUCCUGGAUUAUCUUGACAGCAUUGACUGCAGUUUAGAGGACUUCCAAGCCAUGUUAUCAGGACGGCAGUUCAGCAUAGAUCCAGAUCUUCUGGUGGAUCUUUUUACAAGCUCCGUGCAGAUGAAUCCCACCGAUCAUAUCGCUAAUCCUAAAAUGGAGCCAAAGGGAAUUGAAACUGCUAAGAAUAAUGCUGGGCCAGCUGCUUCACAAGAAUCACAGGUUUCUAAGCCCAAAUCAGAUAAACAGCUCAUCCAGUACACAGCAUUCCCACUCCUCGCAUUCCUCGAUGGGAACCCAGGCUCCACCGCCGAGAGCAGCAGCUCCACGGCAGAAACUGCUCCCUGCGUGGACAAAGCCCUGGAGGUGGAUGAGCUCCUGGAGAGCAGCCUGGACCCGGAGCCGACGCAGAGCAAACUGGUGCGGCUGGAGCCGCUCACGGAGGCGGAGGCCAGCGAAGCCACCCUCUUCUAUCUAUGUGAACUGGCCCCGGCCCCCAUGGACACAGACAUGCCCUUCUUGGAUAACUAGUGUGGGGGGGGCUCUGUAUAUAGUCACCGAGAUGAACUAUUUAUUUAGAAUAUUGUUUGGUAUAUGAGGUUUUUUGUAAAUCACUCUGUUUUAUGUAACCAGAUGAUGUGGAAUCUAAAAUACCUUUCCUAUCUUCCUUCCUAUAAGCAGUUGUUUAACGGUAUAGUUAGACAAGCUCUUAGACAUGGUUGGCAAUACCAAGUCAGACUGUUACCAGACGUAGCUG